AUGAAGCAGAUAGUAUCAGAACCGACGCGUGUGGGUCCCAGUAGCAGUACAAUUAUUGACCUUGUCUUUACAAACUUGGAGGGGGUGGAGGCGCGCGUCACUGAAGAGCUUAAGAUAACUGAUCACGAGACCAUCUGUAUUCACGUCGGAGAAACCAAGAUUAACCUACCGGAGCAGAAAAAGUGUUACGUUAGCUGGAAACGGUAUACGAAGGAACGACUGCAAGCUGCGCUACGAGCAAAACUGAGGAGAGCUGACGCUGGAGUGACCGUUGGAGAAGCUGCACAAACUUUUGGCUCAACACUGGCGACGGCGGUUGCGGAGCUGACCGAUCUAUGUAGCAAUGACCGGAAAGUCUCAAACGCGUGGUAUGGAGAACAGCUGAGAAACCUGAAAACCGAGCGGGAUGAUGCCUACAUUACCUUCAAGCGUACAAAAAGGCUGGAUGAUUGGAACCUUUAUAAAGUGCUUCGAAACCGCUACGUCCGAGGACUGCGAUCAUCAAAGAACCUGGCAGUAGAAGAGGAAAUUCGAAGUUGUCACGGAAAUCCCAAGAAGCUUUGGAGAAGCCUGAAAUCGCUGAUUCGGCCUGGUGGAGAACAGGUGGAACCAGCAGUUGCACCAGCAGAAGUAAGGGUAAACGAAGAUGGCAGCGAGGACUUAUUAACGGAGCUUCAACCAAUCACCUUGACGAAACUGAAAGAAACAGUCUACUCACUAAAAGACUGCGCUGCUGUUGAUAGCGUGACAAAACGGGUCAUGACGGAUUCAUUUGACGUUGUUGGAGAGCAGCUGUUGGCGAUUGUCAACAGAUCCCUGGAAAGCGGAGAAUUCCCACAACCUUGGAAGCGGACUUUGGUGAUACCGAUACCUAAGGUACCGAAAUCGACGCGCCCGGAAGAUCACAGACCAAUCAACAUUUUGCCACUCUAUGGGAAGGUUUUGGAAACUAUAGUAAAAGAGCAGCUCCUGGCGUUUGUGGAUCGGACGAAAGAUUUACUCGAAGAGCAGUCUGGUGUCCGAAAGCAUCACUCCUGUGAGUCAGCGCUCAACCUGUUACUGCUGAAAUGGAAACAGGCAAUUGAAGAAGGGAAAAUUGUCCUAUCGGUGUUCGUAGACCUGAAGCGAACUUUCGAGACCAUUGACCGAACCAAACUGAAAGCAAUACUGCGUCGCUACGGUGUUCUCGGUUCAGCGCUCAAAUGGUUUAGCAGCUACAUGGACAGCAGAACGAAGGGUGGCUGA